AACCCGGACAAGAUGGCGGAAGGGGACGCGGCGCGGCGCGGGCAGCGCGCGGGGCCGGCCCGCCAACGGCCCGACCCGGCAGGUAAGCAUUAUGAGGAGGAAGAGGAGGAGGAUGCCUUGCCAGACUCGGACGACGAGGUGGAGUUGGAUAAUCCUCGCCCCAUACAGAUUGUUCUUGCUCAUGAAGAUGACCAUAACUUUGAACUAGAUGAAGAAGCAUUGGAAAAAAUCUUGCUUCAGGAACACAUCAAAGAUCUUAACAUAGUAGUUGUGUCUGUAGCAGGAGCUUUUCGCAAAGGAAAAUCUUUUCUACUGGACUUCAUGCUUAGAUAUAUGUAUAACAGGACUUCUCCUUGCUGGAUAGGUGGAAAUACGGAGCCAUUGACUGGGUUUACAUGGAGAGGUGGAUGCGAACGGGAAACCACUGGCAUUCAAAUUUGGAGUGAAGUGUUUGUAAUUGACAAACCAAAUGGGACAAAGGUUGCUGUACUACUCAUGGAUACCCAAGGUGCCUUUGAUAGCCAAUCCACUAUCAAAGACUGUGCAACGGUUUUUGCUCUGAGCACCAUGACGAGUUCUGUCCAGGUAUACAACUUAUCCCAGAAUAUUCAGGAAGAUGAUCUUCAACACCUGCAGUUGUUUACAGAAUAUGGAAGACUAGCUAUGGAAGAAAUUUAUCAAAAGCCGUUUCAGACAUUAAUGUUCUUAAUUAGAGACUGGAGUUACCCUUAUGAACAUGCAUAUGGUUUGGAAGGAGGAAAAAAAUUCCUGGAGAAAAGACUGCAGGUAAAGCAAAACCAGCAUGAAGAGCUACAGAAUGUAAGGAAGCAUAUUCACUCCUGUUUCAGUAACCUUGGCUGUUUCCUGUUGCCACACCCUGGUCUCAAAGUUGCAACAAAUCCAAACUUUGAUGGGAGGUUGAAUGAUAUUGAUGAGGAUUUUAAGAAAGAGCUACGAAAUCUGGUGCCAUUACUGCUUGCCCCUGAAAACUUGGUAGAAAAAGAGAUUAGCGGAUCCAAGGUGACCUGUAGAGAUCUUGUAGAAUACUUCAAGGCUUAUAUUAAAAUCUAUCAAGGAGAGGAGCUACCUCAUCCGAAAUCUAUGCUCCAGGCAACAGCUGAAGCAAACAAUCUUGCUGCUGUGGCAGGAGCAAAAGACUUGUAUAGUAAAGGCAUGGAGCAGGUUUGUGGAGGAGAUAAGCCUUACAUUGCCCCAUCGGACCUUGAGCGGAAGCACCAGGAUUUCAGAGAGUCAGCUGUCCGGCAGUUCCGCUCAGUGAAGAAGAUGGGAGGGGAAGAGUUCUGUCGUCGCUACCAGGACCAGCUUGAGGUGGAAAUCGAUGAGAUCUAUGCAAACUUUGUGAAGCACAACGAUGGCAAAAACAUCUUUUAUGCUGCUCGUACCCCUGCCACUCUAUUUGCAGUCAUGUUUGCCAUGUAUAUAACCUCAGGACUGACUGGGUUCCUUGGUAUGAACUCCAUAGCUACCCUGUGUAAUCUCAUAAUGGGGAUGGCUCUAAUAUCCCUUUGUACUUGGGCAUACGUUAAGUACUCUGGGGAAUUCAGAGAAGUUGGAACAGCCAUUGAUCAAAUUGCUGAAGCUAUAUGGGAACAGGUGUUGAAGCCCAUGAGUGAUAAUCUGAUGGAGGAUCAUAUGAGGCAGUCUGUAAAAAACUCUAUCAAAGCAGGCCUGACCGAGCAGGUAUCUCAGCAUGCCAGACUAAAGACAGACUGACAGUUCAUCUCCUCUUCAACUCUGCCCUCUCAUCUUAGACAUGCUUGCUGUACCAUGAGAACUCAAUAAUAAAAAAAAUAAAUAAACCAAAGUUUACAAUCAACUGUAGAAGUAGUUUAGUGUGACUGGCUUUGCAGAUCACUGCCAUCACCUGGGAAGAGUAAGUUUGUCAGUGCUCUGCUUCUGAGACAAACUGGUGCUGUGGAGACUGUGGGGUGGGGAGGGAAGGGUGCGUACUUUAAAUACAGUCCUGGUGAGCAGUGCACAGAUGCAUUUGGGGUGUGGGAGGACGGCUCUUCCUCCUGGCUCUGACUUGAUGCAGCCUCUGGCUUACAAAUGGGAAUCUGUCCUCUGCAGGAGGUAUUUCAGGGAAGUAGUGGUCAGACCUAUAGCUGGUGCCCUCUAUCCGAAUGUACCUAGCUCUGCAAUAUCCCCUUGCCUCAUCUAACUCGGGAGCAUUUGUGCGUAAGUGUACCAAGCCUGUGAAGCCAUUAGAGCCACUACAUUACAAUAUGUAUCUUGCUUUACUGCCUUUUAUACCAGUGUUACACAAAUGCAUGUAUUGGUUCCUCACACCGCCGAUGGCAGAACUAACUGUUGUAAGGGAGGCCGUGGGUCAGAGCAUAUGUUGUCUUGCCUUGAACGCGCAGAUCUGGUCCCAAGGGAGAUGCAUAUCGGAACUGAGCUGUCUUUUUCUGCAGUUUAGCCUUCGUGUAUAUAAUAUUGCCAUUAAUUCUAUUGGGGAAGAAAUUCCAUCCAAAAAUGUUGCCUACAGCUACCAAGCAAUGAGUUAGGAUUGUCUGUACAGUGUGUUUAGUUUUUAUUUUUUAAGAAAUCACAGAUAGGGCAUGUAUAUGAACUAUAAAUAUAUAAAUACAAUUUUGUAUCAAAGUUUUGUAGUUUAUGGCAAAACCUGGUUCUGUGGUAGCUAAGUGCAGUCCCUGUAAAGGAAUGUUUGUGGCUCAUGUAAAUGUGUGAAUGCAUCAACGAUUUGAACUUUUUGAUAUAUUUGUGAUAUUUACCUGCCUUGAGCACUGCAAUCUCUCACCCCCUUGGGAAAAUCAGUGGGAAUGUUUGUUGUGAAACUCUUGUCCUCUGUUGCAUUUUAAAGUUAUUUCCUGUAAUUUAUUUUCAGUACAUGAUUAAAAUCAGUUGUGUAUAUAUGAAA